AUGCGUUUCCUCAUUGCUAUCGUUGGGAUGCUUGUUCUCUUGGCCCUGUCGGCCGAAAGAGGUGAUGCAUUCAAAAAAUCGCACUUGACGCGAAAGCAGAGCGAGUCAGAGGAAGAAGGGCAUGUGAUAGACAACCAAGAUGGUGAACAUGAGGGAAAGGAGGACGAGGAUGACGACAACCAUGUCGAUGACGAUGAUGAGCAUGACGAUGAGAACGACGACGACGACGAUGAUGAUGAGCAUGAUGAUGAAGACGAUGAUGAGCAUGAUGAGCAUGACGACGAUGAUGAGCAUGACGACGAUGAUGAGCAUGAUGAUGAUGACGACGAGGACGAGGACGACGAUGAUGUUGAAAAUGAUGGCCAUGAGGAGGAUGAGGAUGGAAUGGAUGAGGAGGAGGAGGAGGAGGAGGAGGAGGAGAAGGACGUCGAGGAUGACGAUGACGAGGAUGAUGACGAUGACCACGACGAUGAUGAUGACGAUGACGAUGAUGAUGAUGAUGACGACGAUGAUAACGAGGAGGAGGAGCAGGAGGAUGAGGAUGAUGAUGAG